UGUGACAGUGCCAUUCUUGCUCCUUGCCUGCAAAGCAGCAAGCGGAUUGCCUCGUGCCCUCCGUGAUAAACCACAGAUACGCAGACAUUAUUAUGAGGAAACCAUUAGAAGAUCUUGACCCUGUGCAAAAUCAGUGUCUUUCCAGUCAUGUUUAACAGUGGAUGGAGACAUGCACAGUUGAUCUGAGCCAGCACAUUGGACCGCUGACCUGCCCAUCAACCGUGGUUCCCACGUUCUCUGCCACAGAGCUGUGGCCAGAGCCCACCCCUGCAAUGCAGAGGGGUGGUCGUUGCCCACGGCAGCGUAUGGGGAGAAAGCUACGUCCAUCACGGAUGUUGGGCUUGGCCCUCAGUAUCUGUGCCCUUUCUCUGCUCCUGUCCUGGAGCGCUUUCGAAGGUGCGAACAUCCCUGCGUUGGCUCAGAGUGGCGGGGGGCACCUGCGAGAUCCCUGGUGGCACAGAACUCUGCGCUCCACCACGGAUCAGCGGAACGUUUCAGCCGACGCGCCUGUUGCUGUAGCAUCGGGGAUGGUUAACCAGGGGGAUUACCCGGACGAUCUGUUCUCGUUGGAGGAGAGACGCCGGGGUGCCGUGGCACUGCACAUGUUCGGAAUGCUCUACAUGUUCAUCGCGCUUGCCAUCGUCUGCGACGAGUUCUUUGUCCCUGCCCUCACCGUCAUCACUGAGAAGCUGGCCAUCUCCGACGAUGUGGCUGGCGCCACCUUCAUGGCUGCUGGAGGCUCCGCCCCUGAGCUGUUCACCUCCGUGAUUGGUGUCUUUGUCUCACACAGCAACGUGGGCAUCGGCACCAUUGUGGGCUCCGCUGUCUUCAACAUCCUGUUCGUGAUCGGCAUGUGCGCGCUGUUCUCACGCGAGAUCCUUAACCUGACGUGGUGGCCGCUGUUCCGCGACGUCACCUUCUACAUCGUGGACCUGGUCAUGCUGAUCUCCUUCUUCUUGGACAACUACAUCACCUACCUGGAGAGCAUGGCCCUGCUGGGCGCCUACGGCUCCUAUGUGCUGUUUAUGAAGUUCAAUGGCAACAUUGAGCGUUUGGUCAAGGGCAUUAUGAACAGAAACCAAGUGAAUGGACUGGAGCCUGCUCCUAAGCCCACCAAUUCUGGGGAUGAUGAGAACAAACUCUCGGCUAAACCCCGCCUCCAGAGAGGCGGGAGCUCGGCUUCCUUGCACAAUUCACUGAUGAGAAACAGCAUUUUCCAACUGAUGAUCCACACACUGGAUCCCCUCAGCGAAGAAAACAUAAUUUCAGGGAAGUUCAAGGAUAAGGCUUCCAUACUGCACAAGAUCGUCAGGAAAAAGGAACACGAUGACGAGAAUGGCAUGGUGGAUAAAAAAUUGCCCAACAGCACCCGGGUAGAGGUAGAGGUGACUCCACCCAUGAACGGAAAUGUAGGACAAGAGACUGAGGAGGAAGAGGAGGGUGAAGACAAGCCCCUGAGCCUGGCGUGGCCGGAUGGAGGCCGGAAGCAGGCGACGUAUCUCUUCAUCCUCCCUAUCGUGUUUCCGCUCUGGCUCACGCUGCCUGAUGUUCGUAGAGAUAGUUCAAAGAGGUUCUUUCCCAUUACAUUUCUGGGUUCUAUCAGUUGGAUUGCCAUCUUCUCCUAUCUGAUGGUGUGGUGGGCUCACCAGGUGGGCGAGACAAUUGGCAUCUCAGAGGAGAUCAUGGGCCUGACAAUCCUGGCGGCCGGAACCUCCAUCCCGGACCUCAUCACCAGCGUAAUCGUGGCCCGCAAGGGUCUGGGGGACAUGGCCGUGUCCAGCUCCGUGGGGUCCAACAUCUUUGACAUCACCGUGGGGUUGCCAUUUCCGUGGCUGUUUUAUUCUGCCUUGCACAGCCUGAGGCCUGUGACCGUAAGCAGCAACGGGCUGUUGUGCACCAUCGUGUUGCUCUUCCUCAUGCUCCUCUUCGUCAUCAUCUCCAUCGCGGCAUGUAAGUGGAAGAUGAGCAAGCUGCUGGGCUUCAUUAUGUUCCUGCUCUACAUCAUCUUCCUCGUGGUCAGCGUCAUGCUGGAGGACAAGAUCAUCACCUGCCCCGUCUCCAUCUGAGGGUGUCGCCCGGCGCCCCCUGCUGGAACCACACCACAGAACUAAAAACCUACACGAGACUCGGAGAACGACAGGAAGCAAAGGCUUUCCGGCCUCUGUAUUCUACAAACAAAAAAAUGCAGGACGAUGCAUCUUUUAAAAAUUCUGUGGCAUAACUCUCUGUCCAUAAAGAAACUGAGUAUUCUGUUUCUUUUGGCAAUUAUAAUUGCUUUUGAUUAUUUUUUCAUUGGUGAAUAGAGACUGCUUACAUUUUCUAUAGCUCCAAGUGGGAAGAGAUGCAUGCAGUAUAUGUUGACUGUUGUCAAGGUAGAACAUAGAAUUCAGGGGAUGUGAAGUCAACAGGCACUAGGACCUGGGAGGCACACAUAGCACCUCUCCCUCUCCAAAAACUCAGGGUAAACGUGGGAUGUCGCCACCCAAAUACAAACACUCAAUUCAGGACCAGAAUUACAGUCCUGUCACCAUGUUACUACAUUAAUCUUUAAAAAGCCUUCUGUUACACACUGAACAAGAAAACUGAGAACUAGGGCAGUGUGAUUUUGUGGCUGUGUGAAACGUUCUUUGUCUGAAAGCAGGUUAGGAUUGAAGGUGUCGUACCUAUAACUAUUUAAACUAAAAAGUGAAAUUCUACAAUGCAUCGGUGACUGCUGAAAACGCACUGAACACAAACAGCUAAAGUUUAUUCAUUGUGACUGUCCAGCAUUGUAACUGAUGUUUCCUUUGGAAUAACCAUCUGAUUGCUAUUGUUGUCAUGUCAAAAAUCAACAAAUAGCAAAUGUUUGACUUGGGCGUCUAGCCACUCAAUCUUCAGAGCUAUUGGAGUCUGACAUCAUCUGCACUGUAGAAUUAGUGAUGUUAAAGGACUCUGUCUUUAUAAACACAUUUCUGUUUAGACAUCAAAGAAAAAAAUCAGAUAUGUGCUGAAGUUGUGAAUUCACACAGUUGAUGGGGACCUUCUAAUGCCAAAUCACUCUUGAUUAUUUAUUUCUCUGCAGCACAUUCAUCUGUUAAUGCAAUAAUACACAUUUAUAUAUUUA